AUGGUCCCUAACACAAAUGACCAUCACUCUCUCGAUGCUGCCGAGGACAUCGAGCUUCCAUCCUACCGUACACUUUCAACCGCACCUUCCUCCUACAGAUCCGGUUGUACGACAUCCUUCUCGCAGACAGACCGGAGAGAUCACCGAAGUGCACCCUCAGCUAUGAACGCCUUCGUAGUUCCCACCGAGAGUCCCACCGCCGACGCCACCAUCAUCAACAUCCCUCUCAUGGACCUCGGGGAAGAACAGCGGGAUGAGGACCAGGGCCGCGAACGAGAAACUCCACGCCACGUCAAGAUCUGUGGGGGGUUGCUGUCGAUGGCCAGAAAACUCCUUGCCUGCCUCCUGUCUCCUGCUCGCCGCCUACACGGCUACUGGACGUCUCAGACCGAGGUCACGCGCGCUGUGAUAGUUGCCCUGGUCGGCUGCGUGUUCAUCACCUUUGGGAUCCUGGGGCUCAUAGCUGGGUGGACCGUUGCGAUUGCGCUUCUGAGUGAAGCCCGAAACCGGUACUGA